CUCUUUUAUUUCUUUUCUUUCAUCUCUUUCUCCAUUUCCUCAUCACUCCCCACUCUUCUCAUUCAUCUGAUCAACCAUGUUCUCUGCCAUUCGUCCUCGUCUUGCUUCCGCUGUCGCCAAGCCUGCAGUCUUGAACGCUGUCCGCCCAAGAUUCUUCUCUCAGGCAGCUGUUGCUCGCUCCAACAUUGCCUCUCUCCACACUUUCACUGAGGAUGAACAGCUCUUGCGUGAUACCGUUGCUCGCUUUGCUCAGGAGCAGGUCCUUCCUAAGGUCGCUCAGAUGGACGAAGCUGAGAAGUUAGACAAGGAUGUCCUCAAGGGCUUGUUUGAGCAGGGGUUGAUGGGUAUUGAGACUGAGGCCAAGUACGAUGGUUCCGAGUCCUCGUUCAUGUCUGCUAUCUUGACCAUUGAGGAGCUUGCCAAGGUUGAUCCCUCCGUCUCUGUUAUCUGUGAUGUCCAGAACACUCUCGUCAAUACCCUGUUCCGUAAAUACGCUAAUGAGGAUAUCAAGCAGCGCUACUUGCCCAAGCUUGCCACCGAUACUGUUGGAUGCUUCUGCCUGUCCGAGGCUGGUUCUGGUUCUGAUGCAUUCGCCCUCCAGACCCGCGCUGUCAAGGAUGGUAAUGACUACAUCAUCAAUGGCUCCAAGAUGUGGAUCACCAACUCUGGUGAAGCCGAGAUCUUCUUGGUUUUCGCCAACGUUGCUCCCGAGAAGGGUUACAAGGGCAUCACCUGCUUCGUUCUCGAGAAGAGCAUGGGUGUCAAGGUCGCCAAGAAGGAGUCCAAGUUGGGUAUCCGUGCUUCGUCAACUUGCACCUUGAACUUUGAUGACGUCCGUGUUCCUGCUAGCAACGUCUUGGGAGAGAUCGGCCAGGGUUAUAAAUACGCUAUUGAGAUCUUGAACGAGGGUCGUAUCGGUAUUGCUGCUCAGAUGCUGGGUCUUGCUCAAGGUGCCUUCGAUGCCACUCUCCCCUAUUUGUUCCAACGCAAGCAGUUUGGCAGCUACAUCGGCUCCUUCCAAGGAAUGCAGCACCAGUAUGCUCAGAUUGCUGUGGACAUUGAGGCAGCUCGUCUCUUGACAUAUAAUGCUGCUCGUCUUAAGGAGCAGGGCAAGUCCUUUGUGAAGGAGGCUGCCAUGGCUAAGCUCUAUGCUUCUCAGGUUGCUGAGCGCACUGCUUCACGCUGCGUCGAAUGGGCUGGUGGAGUCGGUUUCACUCGCGAACUUCCUAUUGAGAAAUUCUACCGUGAUUGCAAGAUCGGUGCCAUCUAUGAGGGAACCAGCAAUAUCCAGCUCCAGACCAUUGCCAAGGCCCUUGAGAAGCAGUACUCCUCUUAAAUAGUGUGCAUUAAAUGCAAAACCCUGUUAUAUAGCCUUUCCAUUUGUUUUUACUCAUUAAAGUGAAUUAAAGAAAAA